AUGUCGCUUUGUAACGGCGCCGAGAUCCCCGUCCUGGGAUUUGGAACCGCCAAGUGCGAUGACGUCUAUACGGCAAUCUGUACAGCCAUCGAUGCCGGCUAUCGCCAUCUGGAUACUGCCUAUGUGUACCACAACGAAGCAGAGAUCGGUCGCGCGCUCGGAGAUAAAAUUCGCGCCGGCGUUAUCACACGGGAAGAUCUGUGGAUCACGACUAAACUAUGGAAUUCGUAUCAUCGAUCGGAGCAAGUUGAAGAAUGCCUACAGAGAUCUCUGAUUGCUCUGGGUGUUGAUUACGUGGAUCUGUACCUUGUACAUUGGCCGAUCGCAUUCCGAGAGGGACAUGAAGGACUUCCACAAGAUGGACCUCCAAUAACGACCGAUGUCGACUACAUCGACACCUGGCGAGGCAUGGAAGAAGUCUACAUGGAGGGGAAAGCUCGGAACAUCGGGGUCUCUAAUUUCAACAGUGAGCAGAUCGAUCGGCUCCUGGUCAACUGUGAUAUCCGUCCUCUGGUUAAUCAAGUCGAGGCAAACGUUCACUUAAACCAGGAGAAGCUCCGCUCGUUCUGUGGUCAGAGGGGAGUCUCGCUCACGGCGUACAGUCCGCUGGGUUCUCCCGGCUACAAGCGGUGGCCAACUCCUUGCAGCAAUCAAAACGGUCCAAAACCCCUCGAAAACCCUGUUGUGGCUUCACUCGCCUUGAAAUAUUCUAAAACUCCCGCCCAAAUUCUGCUCCGGUUCCUAAUUCAGCGAGGGAUCAGCUCGAUUCCGAAGAGCUCGGCGGCCGAAAGAAUCAAAGAGAACAUAGAUGUGUUCGACUUCAACAUCGACCCGGAAGACAUGCGACAGCUGAUGGCUCUCGAUCUCGGCUACCGACGUUUCUGCGCAGAUAAUCUCAGAGAGCACAAGUUUUAUCCAUUUGCGACCGAAUUCUAGCUCGCUCUCGUAUUUGUCAUCGAAUCAUGCGAUCUUAGAGAUUACUCCU